AUGGAUUCAUACACGCGACUUGAAAAAAGCAUCCCUCGACCCUUCCCAGGACCAAGCUCAAUUGAAAGUUUGGUCGCCCGAACCGCCGCGUCCGACGAGACCAAUGUCUGCAUGAACCUCCGACCCGGCGACUUCGUCGUUUCACGAGCUGGCUUCAUAGCAACAAUCGUCGUCUGCGCCCUCACCAUCCUCAUUUCAUGGGCGGCUCUCGCCAUGUACAUAAUCCGGGACCAUCGACGACGCCGCGAGGCCAAAGUCGCUGUGCAGCGGAGCCGCAAAGCCCACUACGCCACCCGGAUCUCGAUGAUGCAGCGCGAGAUUGAUGCCUCAUAUGGCCGACAAUACUCGCAAUGCCACCAGAACCCACCCGAAAAUCCCUUCAUGUGCAGCGACAGUUCGGUCGAACUCAUGCUACCCGAGCGCGUCUGGGAAGUCCCGGCGGACCCGGCAAGGUUGGCGGCCAACGUGAAGCGGAAGAGCAUGGCUCGUAGCCUGUUCUACGACAACACAGUCAAUCUCUGGCUACCGAAACGAUAG